AUGCUUUCCGGCAUUCUCGUCUUCAAUCAAAAAGGCGAAAACUUGAUCUUCCGUGCCUUUCGAAAUGACUGUCGCCCACGUCUUGCGGAUGUCUUUCGAAUCCAGGUCAUCUCGAAUGCACAAGUCCGCUCCCCCAUCCUGACUCUCGGAAGCACGACCUUCAGUCAUGUCAAGCACGAGAAUAUCUACUUGGUGGCAAUUACGAAGAGUAAUGCGAAUGCGGCGCUGGUGUUUGAGUUUCUCUACCGACUGAUUGCCCUGGGGAAGGGGUAUUUUGGAAAGUUCGAUGAGGAAGCUGUCAAAAAUAAUUUUGUGCUUGUGUAUGAGCUCCUGGAUGAAAUUCUGGAUUUUGGUUAUCCCCAGAACACGGAAACUGAUACACUCAAGAUGUAUAUUACUACCGAAGGAGUCAAAUCGGAAAGAACUAUGGAAGACUCUGCGAAAAUUACAAUGCAAGCGACAGGCGCUCUAUCAUGGCGAAAGGCGGAUGUCAAAUACCGGAAGAACGAAGCUUUUGUUGAUGUAAUAGAAGAUGUUAAUCUUCUCAUGUCUGCGACUGGGACGGUCCUUCGCGCCGACGUCAACGGCCAAAUUGUGAUGCGCGCAUAUCUUUCCGGGACGCCGGAAUGCAAGUUUGGUCUGAAUGACAGACUGCUGCUAGAUGGAGAUAGCCUUUCUUCGUUGCCGUCAGGAAACAGGAUGGGCACGAAAGCAACAAAAGCAGCCGCGGGAAGUGUUACACUGGAAGACUGUCAAUUCCACCAAUGUGUAAAGCUUGGAAAAUUCGACACCGACAGGAUCAUUUCCUUCAUUCCACCAGAUGGAGAGUUCGAGCUUAUGCGUUAUCGUGCCACGGAAAAUGUCAAUCUCCCUUUCAAGGUCCACGCCAUUGUAAACGAAGUAGGAAAGACGAAAGUGGAUUACAGCAUUGCUAUUCGAGCCAACUACGGUAGCAAACUCUUCGCCACCAACGUUGUUGUAAGAGUGCCAACACCACUCAAUACAGCUAGAAUAACAGAGCGCUGUACGCAAGGCAAAGCAAAAUAUGAACCCUCGGAGAACAACAUUGUCUGGAAAAUCCCAAGAUUUACAGGACAGAAUGAGUUCGUCCUUAGUGCAGAAGCGACAUUGACGAGCAUGACGAACCAAAAGGCAUGGUCACGACCACCCCUAAGUUUGAACUUCAGUCUCCUCAUGUUUACGAGUUCCGGACUGUUAGUGCGCUAUCUAAAAGUCUUCGAGAAGAGUAAUUAUUCCAGCGUAAAAUGGGUGCGAUAUAUGACCAGGGCCGGCAGUUACGAAAUACGGUAA